AUGUUGGCUUUAUUUUCUGCUUCAACAAUUUUGCUUCAAAUUUUUCAAUUUAUUGCUCCAAUGCCGCGAUCAAAAGGUGGACUUGUAGAAGCAAUAAGUAGAAAUGCUUUAUUACAUUUUCUGAUUGCAAAUUUAUUAACUGGAUUUGUAAAUAUGUUUAGCGACAAUAUUUUAGAACUUAAAGGAAUAGUAACUCAAAGUUUAAUUCUAAUCAUAUAUUCAUUAAAUACCUCAUUUUUAAUUUAUUUAAUUCCAAUAAGAAGAACCUCAAAAUAA